UUAUUAUCAGAUAAAUAAAAUAAGUCGACAAGAAAGAAAAUAGAAAGUACGAAAAAGGAACAGAGGAAACCAGUGUCAUUAUUAUUCAGCUCCGAGCUGCGUUUUUCUUUCUUCCGAUUCUAACAUACCCAAUCUCCAAUCAGGUUGUCGGUGAUGCAAUUGUUGGUUUUGUGGUGAGAGAAGAAGGUGUUGGGGGCGAAAAUUUGCACUUGGUUUGUCUUUUUCUGAUGGCUCACGACUUAACGGGGCAGCUUGUGGGUUCAGAGAUACAUGGGUUUCACACCUUGCAGGAUCUGGAUGUUAGUAAUACUAUGGAGGAAGCAAAAGGCAGAUGGCUUCGUCCAAAUGAGAUACAUGCCAUACUCUGUAAUCACAAAUAUUUCAAGAUCAAGGCCAAGCCAGUGCAUUUGCCCGAAAGUGGUACUAUUGUACUAUUUGACCGCAAGAUGCUUAGAAAUUUCAGAAAAGAUGGGCACAAUUGGAAAAAGAAAAGCGAUGGGAAAACUGUUAAAGAAGCGCACGAACACUUAAAAGUUGGCAAUGAAGAAAGGAUCCAUGUAUAUUAUGCACAUGGCCAAGAUAACCCAACCUUCGUCCGUAGAUGUUAUUGGUUGCUUGAUAAGAAUUUGGAGCACAUAGUCCUUGUUCAUUAUCGUGAAACACGAGAGAUACAAUUGCAAAGUUCUCCUGUUACACCUGUAAAUUCAAAUUCAAGUUCUGUCUCUGACCCUGCGGCAUCUUGGGUUCUAGCAGAAGACUUAGAUUCUGGGGCGAAAAGUGCUUUCAGUGCUGAGCUUAAUGACAAUUUAACAGUUAAAAGUUAUGAAGAGAAGCUUCAUGAGAUUAAUACACUUGAAUGGGAUGACCUAGUUGUUUCAAAUGUCAACACUUCUACUACAUCUAAUGGAGGCAAUGUUUUACAUUCAUAUCAACAAAAUCAAAGUUUACUUAGUGGAAGCUUUGACAAUCAGGUAUCUGGUACUCCUUCGGCAGAAGUUCCUUCUUUAGGCUUGCAAAGUCAGGACAGCUUUGGAACGUGGAUGAACAUCAUGUCAGAUGCACCAUGUUCCAUAGACGAGUCAGCUCUCGCAACAUCAAUUUCUACUGUUCGUGAACCAUAUUUAUCACUGGUGGCUGAUAAUCAGCUAUCUUCUUUGCCUGAACAAGUAUUUAAUCUCACAGAAGUGUCCCCUGCUUGGGCAUCUUCCACUGAGAAAACAAAGGUCCUGAUAACUGGAUAUUUUCAUAGUGACUAUCAACACCUUGCAAAGUUCAACCUAGUGUGUGUCUGUGGUGAUGUAAGUUUUCCUGUAGAAAUUGUUCAGGUCGGGGUUUACCGAUGCUGGGUGCCACCACACUCCCCAGGAUUGGUCAAUAUCUAUUUGAGCUUUGAUGGCCACAAGCCUAUUAGCCAUGUUGUUAAUUUUGAGUAUCGUACUCCCAUUCUGCAUGAUCCAACUGCUUCAAUGGAAGAGAAAUACAACUGGAAUGAAUUUCGACUUCAGAUGAGGCUUGCUCAUUUGCUCUUUUCUACCGACAAGAUCCUUGAUAUUUUCUCAAAUACAGUAUCACCAAAUGCUCUGAAAGAGGCUAGCAGAUUUUCCAUCAAAACAUCAUUUAUCUCCAAAAGCUGGCAAUUCUUGAUGAAGUCAAUUGACGAGCAAACAACUCCAUUUCCACAAGUAAAAGAUAGCUUGUUUGAAAUUGCAUUGAAAAACAAAUUAAAGGAAUGGCUUUUAGAACGAAUUGUUGUAGGCAGCAAGAGUACUGAAUAUGAUGCACAAGGGCAAGGUGUACUUCAUUUGUGUGCAAUGCUUGGAUAUAGUUGGGCAAUCUCCUUAUUUUCUUGGUCAGGCUUGUCACUAGAUUUCCGUGACAAAUUUGGAUGGACAGCUCUUCAUUGGGCAGCUUAUUAUGGAAUGGAGAAAAUGGUUGCAACUCUGCUGUCCGCUGGGGCAAGGCCAAACCUGGUCACAGAUCCUACUCCGAAAAAUCCUGGUGGGUGUACUGCUGCUGAUCUUGCUUAUACGAAGGGCUAUGAUGGCUUAGCUGCUUACCUUUCCGAAAAGUCUCUGGUUGAGCAGUUCAAUGACAUGAGCUUGGCUGGAAAUAUCAGUGGCACACUGGACACUAGCUCAACUGAUGUAGUAAACACUCAAGAACUUACUGAGGACCAGCUCUACUUAAAGGAGACAUUGGCAGCUUACCGUACCGCUGCUGGGGCAGCUGCACGCAUUCAAGCUGCAUAUAAGGAGCAUGAGCUAAAUCUACGAUACAAGGCUGUUGAAUUAAACACCCCAGAGCAUCAAGCACGUCGUAUAGUAGCAGCAAUGAAGAUUCAACAUGCCUUUCGCAAGUAUGAGACAAAGAAAUCAAAUGCAGCUGCUGUUCGAAUUCAGCAUAGAUUCCGGACACGGAAAAUCCGUAGAGAAUUUCUUAAUAUGCGGCGUCAGGCUAUUAAAAUCCAAGCUGCUUUCAGGGGCUUUCAAGUCCGGAGGCAAUAUAAAAAGAUCAUAUGGUCUGUUGGGGUGUUAGAGAAAGCAAUUCUGCGAUGGCGGUUAAAGAGGAAAGGCUUUCGAGGUCUCCAGGUUAAUUCUGCUGAGGAUGGGGAGCAGGAAGACGGUGUAGAGGAGGAAUUCUUCAGGACUGGCCUGAAACAAGCCGAAGAACGUGUCGAGAGGUCGGUCGUACGUGUGCAGGCCAUGUUCCGUUCUAAGAAAGCUCAAGAAGAAUACAGAAGAAUGAAGCUAGCAUAUAGUCAAGCAAAGAUGGAUCUGGAAUUUGAAGAUUUCCUCACUUCUGAAGUUGACAUGUUAACUGACAUAUAGCUUGAUAUCUUCCCAGAACAAGGUUUCUCCAUAAUUGAAAUGUAGCAAACUAGGAGGUUUUUGGUGUCUUCUUUGUAUAGUACUAGCUACAUGUAGAUUAUGUAAAUUCCCUGGUGUAGAUCUGAACCAAUUCCAUAUUGCUUAAAUGUCUUGAAUAGGUUGUCUGUGUUUAAGCUCUGUCUGAUGCAAGAACAAGUUUGUAACUUAUAUAAAAAGCCUUCUUUGAUCUGAA